AUGUUGUGGUUAAAAAAGCAUAACCCCCAAAUUUCAUGGGAAAAGCAUACACUUGUUUUUAAUUCCAUAUAUUGCUUGAAUAACUGCCUAUCUACCCCUGCUGUCUUAGAACUCAAAGCAGCAGAAGAAAUACCACUCCCUUACCAAGAAUUCUCUAAAGUUUUCUCUGAAGAAGAAUUGUCAAAAUUACCACCCCACCAACCUUACAAUAUUGCUAUUGAGUUGCUUCCCAAAGCAAAACCCCAACAUGGCCCUAUUUAUAGUCUAGGCCCAAGGGAAGAUGGCAAACUUAAAGAAACUAUUGAGAAGCAACUCAAGGCCAGUCUGAUUCACCCAUCCAAGUCUCCUAUGGCUUCUCCCAUCUUAUUUGUCAAAAAGAAAAAUGGGAAACUGCGCAUCAUGACCAAAAAGAAUGUGUAUCCCUUGCCAUUACCCCAAAACUUGAUCAAAAAGCUACAGGGGGCCAAGAUUUUCAGCAACAAAUGGAAAACAGCCUUCAAGACAAAAUACAGACUAUUCAAGUACUUGGUCAUGCCUUUUGGAUUGACAAAUGUGCCAGCGGCUUUUCAAGACAUGAUGAACAAAAUAUUCAGAGACCUUUUGGACGUCUAUGUCAUUAUUUACUUGGACAAUAUUCUGGUCUUCUCUCCAAAUGAAAAGGAUCAUGAGGCCCAUGUGCAAGAGAAUGUCAAGAACAUUCAAGAAUUCUUAGGGUUUGUAAACUUCUAUAGACGGUUUAUCCCCAAUUUUGGUAAUUUGGCACAACCAUUGUACAACUUGCUCAAGAAAGAUAGUCCUUGGGAAUGGAAAUUGGCAGAACAGCAAUCCUUUGAUGGCCUAAAGAAAUAUCUUAUGUCAGCACCACUACUUUUACAGCCAGAUACAACAAAACAGUUCUAUGUGGAAUGCAAUGCAUCAGACUAUGCCACUGGAGCUAUUCUAUCUCAGCGCAACCCUGAAGGAAAACUGGCCCCAGUAGCUUAUCUAUCCAAGUCACUGUCUCCAGCUGAAAAAAAUUACAACAUAUUUGACAAGGAACUAUUAGCAGUCAUUAGGGCAUUUAAGGAAUGGCGCCAUUUGCUGGAAGGUUCUGAAUUACCAGUCCAAGUUCUGAUGGAUCACAAGAACUUGGAGUAUUUCUCUACGUCACAAACUCUGAAUAAAUGUCAGAUUAGAUGGGCAAAUUUCCUAGUCAACUAUAACUUCCAAAUCAUCUAUAGGCCUGGAGCACAGAACAAAAAGGCAGAUAUCCUCUUGCAACGCUACAAUUUAGUUCCCCUUGAAGGGGGGGUAGAGAACCAGGUUCUCCUGAAACCGGAACUUUUUAUUUCAUCCAUUACCCCAGAUCAGGAAAUCAAUGAUUUAAUUGGCAAAGCAAUUUAUGAGGAUAACCGCCUAAAAGAAAUUUUACAUAAGCUUCAGAAUAGGGAAAAGGUCACAGAUUGGGAAUUGAGGGAAGGAUUAUUAUGGCAUCAAGGAAGGAUCUUUGUACCAAAAGACAAUACCAUCAGAAACCUCAUUAUGGAAUCCAGGCAUGACGCAUUAGCAGCAGGGCACCCAGGACAAGCCAGAACAUUGGAACUGGUCUCAAGAAGUUACUAUUGGCCAUCCAUGAAAAAGUUUGUCAACUCUUAUGUCAGCCACUGCAAAACUUGUAUACAGUCAAAGCCAACCAACCAGGUGCCUGUAGGACUAUUAAAGCCAUUACAAAUUCCUGAACGUCCAUGGGAAGACAUAGCAUACAAUAUGAUUGUAGGACUACCAAGUUCAGAAGGAUUUGAUGCUAUUCUCACUGUCAUUGACUGCUUUUCUAAAAUGGUUCACUUUAUCCCUACUCAAUCCACAGCAUUGGCUAUUGACAUUGCUAAUCUAUUUGUCACCUAUGUGUGGAAAUUACAUGGCCUCCCCAGGAGCAUAGUCUCAGAUAGGGGUCCUACAUUCAACGCCAAGCUAGAUAUCAAACCUACAUACUCCACAGCCUACCAUCCACAAACAGAUGGACAGACAGAACAAAUACAACAAGAGGCCAAAAUCUUCAUUUGUAUGUUUGGGAAUCACCGUCAAUCAGACUGGGUAUCAUUACUUCCCUUGGCCAAAUUUGCUCUCAAUAACCUAAAGCAAACUUCCACGGGCAAAUCUCCAUUCCAGAUAUGUUAUGGACUGAAUCCCCAAUUCUCUGUGGGUCAAAAAUCAGGCAAAUCUGUCCCCAAUGUAGAUGAACAUGCAGAGUUCCUGGAAAAAGGCUACAAUGAGGUUAAGGCAGCACUUUCAUUAUCACAAGAACAAAUGAAACAUUUCUACAACCAAAGACACAGGGAAGAAGAAGGAAUCCAAGUAGGGGACAAGGUCUGGUUGAACCACCAAAACAUAUCCACUGAUAGACCAUCCAUCAAACUUAGUCAUAAAAAACUAGGUCCCUACUUGGUGAUUGAAAAAAUUGGGUUGCAUGCGUAUAAACUACAACUACCUCACACAAUGCGCAUACACCCAGUAUUUCACAUUAACCUUCUUACAAAAUUCCACCCUGACCCUCAUGGAUGUGAUCCUCCCCAACCUCCACCUAUUAUUGCAGAGGAAGGUGAAGAAGAGUACAAAGUAGAGAAAUUGUAG